UAUAGCUGGACAGUUCAAAGAAAGGGCUUCAUAAUGUUCUUGAUGGUUAAGUUCUUUGGUACAAACUUUUUUUGAUUUCCCUGGAUUUCAGUCUGAUGUGUCUUUAGCCUCACAAAGUAUGCAUUAUUAUGUAAUAGUUACAUGUGAAAAGAAACCAGAAUCGCUGGCGGAGAAUCCUGACUAUUUCCACUGGGCCUGAAUAGUUCAGCCAGUUGAUUAAAAGAAAACCAGAACCUGGAAGUGCAGAAGACAAAUUCCUCUGGCACAAUGAGCUCUGCCAUUCCCGUGCGGGAUUCCACUGUCGAGAGGGCCACAAGAAGUUUUCAUAAUGAAAAACAAACCCUGGUUUCAGAACAAGAAGUUGAUGGUGUGAAAACCGUGGUCAAUGGGCUGAUAUCAAGCAGCAAUGGACAAGAGCAAGCCAUUGACGUCCCUUUAUGUGCACGCUCUAUUUCUGCUGUUAAAAUAAUCCCCGUGAAGAAAGUGAAAAGUUCUCCUGACCUAAUGCUACCUACAGACAAGGAUCCCACUAAAGUCUGUACUGGAAAAGGAACCGUGACCCUACGGGCAUCUCUAGCCUCUGAGGAAAGGCCAAGUAUCAGUCCCCCAUGUUCUCAGGAUGUCCAGCAGUCAGAAACACACAUAUCUCUGGAUACAGGAAAACCAGAAACAGAUGAUUGGAGGUUAUCCUCUAAUGGAGAUAUCCAGCCAUCUUCUCUGGCUGCCAAGGGCUAUAGAAGUGUGCGUCCCAACCUCUCCUCAGAGGGCAAACCACAGGCCCUUUCCCCUCCCCGUCCUCCUCUUCCAAAAGAGGAGAGCUUUGCAUGGCACCCUCGCACUGACAUGAAAGUAACCAACCUGCUGCCAGUGCCCAUAAUGGACUGUGUGUACCUGAAUGCACCCAAACCUUAUACACAGCGUGUGUCACUGAGCUGCAGCAGUCAGUGUUACUCCUCAUCACCUGCACCCUUUGUGACAGUACCCAGUGGGAAGCCAUGCUUUUCUGCAGGGCGUCCCCAAUCAGCCAACUUGAUUCCCAAGGACGUGGUGCAUGCUGGGCAAUCACUUUCGGGAAGUAGCUCCUUGUUAUCAGAUACUUCAUCCAAACAUCAAAACCCUGCCAGGGCAGAUCCUAGUAGUGAAGCUGGAAUGAAUUCCACGUAUGGGACUAAAGUGGAUAAAAAGGUCAGCAGUCUAUAUGUGGCUUGUUUAUCUAACAGCACUUGCUCAGCUGCAUCUGAAAAUUCCACCAGCAUUGCACAUGACCAAAUAGAGAGCCCCCAUUUGGGAACUGAGGUCACUCAAGCACCAGCCACCAACAUUGUUUCCUCUGUAACAGAUACUGGAAAAUCUCUUCCUCCCCAUCCUCCUGUCCCUCCCAGGCCAUACUUUAAUAUUGUCCUCAGUAAAGACGCAGUUAGCUAUGGUACAAGCCAUUCCUCCAGGACUCAAUCUCCACCUCCUCAGGCUGUGAGGGACAAAGUGCUAGAGCCCCAGAGUACGGCUGGCAGUGGGGACAGGAUGAGAAAGGAACCUUACCUUACUCAGCAGCAGCAGCAGCAGCAGCAUCCGUACAAGGUGAAGGGACGCAGCAUGGAUGCCAUUUCUACCACCACAGCUCAGCCUGAGAUUAUAGUAGUCCCACUCCUCCAGGUUAACACAGACAGAGAGCAAGAAGGCAGCUCCAGCACUCCGCCACCGCCUUUGGUACCUUUGGGGCAAGGUGCCACGUUCCCUGAGACUGUUCCUACUGGCUCACCUCUGACUUUUCCGACACUAGACGAUUUCAUUCCCCCUCACCUCCAGAGGGGUCCCCACCAUCACCAUCUGCCCUCCUCACCUGGCAUCUUGCCCCCAGUUUGCCCGAAACUGCCAUCAUUCUCACCGUCACCUCCACUGGUGCCUCCUGUCCCGGAGGCUUUGCACAGAGUCUUGGAGCCUGAAAUCACUGGAGUCCUCUCACGUACAGAACCAUGUCCUGUGUUAAAUGAAGUCUCCCCGCCUCGCAUUGGCACCGAAUACCAAUCCUCCUUAACGUUGAUCAGCAAACCUUCCUCCACCUAUCCCUCAACCACAAUUGUCAACCCUACCAUUGUCCUCUUGCAGCACAACAGAGAACAGCAAAAGCGGCUUAGUAGCCUGGCAGAUUCCCUGCCAGACAGACCAGUUGCUGAUAAAGUAGGUACUGUGUCUGCACAGGAAAAGCCAGCUCAGGAUAGUGCUCAAAGAGAGAAGCCAGCAGUGGAUGAGAAGAGAAGAGCUGUCAGGAGUCCCCAGUAUGUGGCUGAUGUCUCCGUGGAUGAUGUAGGCAUUCCACUGAGGAACACGGACAGAUCAAAGGACUGGUACAAGACAAUGUUCAAACAGAUCCACAGGUUAACUAAAGAAACUCCUGAAGAAAACCCUUAUUGCCCUACCUACAAAUUCCCUGAACUUCCUGAAAUCCAGCAAACACCCGAAGAAGACAAUCCUUACUGUCCUACAUACCAGUUUCCUGCAUCUACUCCUAGUCCUAAAUCUGAAGAUGAAGAUUCUGAUUCUUACUCUCCUCAUUAUUCCUAUUCUGAAGAUACAAGAACCCAGCCCUCAGUGCCCCGGUCCAAGAGUGAGAUGGACAACAUUGACCCUGACAAGGUUGUUAAGAGAUCUGCUACUCUGCCACUUCCAACUCGUACUUCAUCACUGAAAUCCAGCCCAGAAAGAAAUGAUUGGGAACCCCCAGACAAGAAGGUGGAUACCAGAAAAUAUCGGGCAGAGCCAAAGAGCAUUUACGACUACCAGCCAGGAAAGUCCUCUGUUUUGGACAAUGAAAAGAUGACUCGGGAUAUAAGCCCAGAAGAGAUAGAUUUAAAGAAUGAACCUUGGUAUAAAUUCUUUUCGGAAUUGGAGUUUGGGAAACCGCCUCCAAAAAAGAUAUGGGAUUAUACUCCUGGAGAUUGCUCUAUACUUACUAGGGAGGAUAGAAAGACUGAUCUAGAAAAAGACAUUUACCUCUACCAGACUGAGUUAGAGGCAGAUUUAGAACAAAUGGAGAAGCUUUAUAAAGCGCCAGAUAAAAAGCCAUCGAAGAGUACAGCAAGCAGCACUCCUCUGGAAACGUCUUCAGACCAUUCAUCCUACUCAGCCUAUUUACCCAGCUACCAGACAGCAAGGAGAGAGCUGGAACCAGCAUCAGCGGACCCUGCUGGCUUGGAGAAUGAAAGGCAGAUUUACAAAAGUGUGCUGGAAGGUGGCGAUAUCCCGCUGCAGGGACUAAGCGGUCUCAAACGUCCUUCUAGCUCUGCUUCCACUAAAGUAGAUUCAGAAUCACCAAGGCAUUUUGCACCAGUCGAUUACAUGGAAACUCCAGAAGAAAUUACUCGUAGACGUCAUGAUGAUAAAGAGAAACUUUUAGAGGACCAGAGACGACUUAAACGUGAGCAAGAAGAAGCUGAUAUUGCAGCUAGAAGGCACACAGGGGUUAUUCCAACCCACCAUCAGUUUAUCACUAAUGAGCGGUUUGGGGACCUCCUAAAUGUAGACGAUACAGCAAAGAGGAAAUCUGGGUCAGAGAUGAGACUUGGUAGAGCCAAGUUUGACUUCAAAGCACAGACAUUAAAGGAGCUUCCUCUGCAAAAAGGAGACAUCGUUUACAUUUACAAGCAGAUUGACCAGAACUGGUAUGAAGGAGAACACCAUGGCAGAGUUGGCAUCUUCCCACGCUCCUACAUAGAGCUACUUCCGCCAGCUGAAAAAGCCCAGCCCCAAAAGCUGGCCCCGAUGCAGGUUUUAGAGUAUGGAGAUGCUGUGGCUAAAUUUAACUUUAACGGGGAUACUCGAGUGGAAAUGUCAUUCAGAAAGGGCGAAAGGAUCACGGUGAUCCGGCGAGUUGAUGAGAACUGGUACGAAGGGAAAAUCUCUGGUACCAACCGCCAAGGCAUCUUCCCUGUCACUUACGUGGACGUGCUCAAGCGGCCACUAGUGAAGAAUGCUGUUGAUUACCCUGAGCUGCUGAUGUCUCAAUCCCCUAAUCGCAGUACAACGGCUUCCCCGCAGUCUCCUGGCUCUGAGCUGCUCCAUACACCAACUCCUCCACCUUUGCCUUUCCCACGCCAUGCUCUGUCUCCAGAGGUGCAGGCGAUCACGGCCGAGUGGAUUUCCCUGACUGUGGGAAUGUCUCCUAGCAGUACUCCUGUCAUAACCCCUCCAUUGCCUCCUCUCCCCGAAGGCUGUCUCUGUCCCAUCGACUAUUUCACACCCUCAGCUGCAGCCAGCCCCUCCCCCUCUGUUAGCCUUCACCAUUCUAACCUUUCGGGCUCCUCCACGCCACGGUCCAUUAUAUCGCCACUGCCAUCUUUCUCCUCCAGGACACUGUCCUCUGCUCACACUUUCAGUCACACCACUCCGCAAAGCGAAGAAAAGUUUGUUGGCUGCCCUUCCCCCAACCUGAGCAGCUGUCAGACCCCUCACUCGGUUGUUGGGAGACCCGAGAGCUUCCUCUCCGAGCUCAGUGAUGUCAUUGGCAACCAAACCAAGGUCCAAAAUAAUAGAGAAGGCAGCAGAAACAGUGAGAGAGAGGGUUGGAAGGAGACAGACAAAGGCUUUAAUCCCAUGCCCGAGAUCUCUGUGGAGGGUUGCUUGAAAACAUCAAAUCUAGACAAGAAUAUGAGCCCAGAAAAUAAACCCUUUGCUUCCUUUGGGGAAAGCCAAUUAUGUCAGGAGCUAAUCACUACUGGGGAGGGAAAUAAUGCUGAGAAAAGAGGCACAAGGAAAGGUGAACUGAGAGAGAUUCGAAGCGGAGCAAACAAGACUGCAGACACUUCAUUCUCUUCAUCUGCUCUUCUCUCUUCCUCUGCACUUUCUUCCUCUGCUGUCACAAUACAACCACCUCCUAGAUUUACACACAGGGUCAGAAUGCCCCAGCCUUCUCACCAUUCACUGAGAGCAGGACCAGAUCUCACAGAGUCUGAAAAGAGCUAUGUGGAAGCAGUUUGCAAUGAGAUCAUAAACAUUGCAGAAAAGUCUGUUCAUUACUGCAGUGCUAUUUCUCAACCUCUUGACUCUUGCCACACGAUGGCCUCUAAUGACAAUAAACCAUCUCUAAUCAUUUCUCAGCAACCUCAAGCACAUCAACAAGGAGCCAGCCCUGACAGGAGUCAAACACCAGGAGACAUACUUAGCUACCAAGCCCUGUACAGCUAUAUUCCCCAGAACAACGAUGAGCUGGAGCUAAGAGACGGAGAUAUUGUAGAUGUCAUGGAGAAAUGCGAUGAUGGCUGGUUUGUGGGUACGUCUCGGAGAACAAGACAGUUUGGCACUUUCCCAGGCAACUAUGUGAAACUGCUGUACCUCUAAAACAAUCAUGCACCUGCUGAUUAGUAUUGUUUACCGGACAACAUUUAAGUAGCAAAGACCUUUGAAAUCAGAGUAUUUAUUAAUGUAAUAAAUGAGAGAUGAGAAGUGGAAUGGGGAUGUGGUUAUGUGAUACAGUUCUGGGUUGAAUGUGCAGGCCUGGAUCUGGGUGAUGCUGGGUUUACUGUUCUUGUUUGCUGAAGGAAAGAGACAAAGUUUCUAGUUUACAAUGCUGCCUUUGUAGCUCUGAGUUCUGAGCUCAGAGCUUAGUUUUCAUGCUUUUCAUUGAGUACUUACCUCUGAGACAGAGUUGGGGGAAGCAGCAGAAUAGAGUGUGUGAUAGGUUUUGCUUGUGUGAGAGAAAAAGCAAUGGGAACUGUAAUGCAUUGAGGCAACAUGCAGCUCUGCAGCUACUCCCUCUCUAUAACUGAGGGAGGCCUUCUCUGAGAUUACCCCCAUCUUCAAGGUAAUUUUCACUCUGCCUCCCACUUUCAUUCUUAAUUAUUUCUUCAUGAUGUGCACCUUAGUGUACAUGGCCGGCAGAGAACGGUUUAUGUGAUUAGACUAGGUAGCACUCUAUCAUAUGGGGAGGGGCUUUGAACUGACAGUUUAAUCCAGAGCAAUCAGCCAAAAAAAAAACCCUCAACUUUGGUAAUAUUCUGCUUCAUAAUAUCCACCCCUGCAGGUUUUUGUGUGUGUGUGUGUGUGUGUGUGUGUGUGUAUGGGUGAGCAUAUUGUGUGCAUAGCAACGAACAGGGUCACAAUUUCCAUGAGGAAUCAACCCAAAUUUUACAAAAAUGGAACAAAAAUAAAGGAAAAUUUAGGGGGCACAGAUCCUGUUUGCAAAUCCCAUGGCUGUUUACCCCCUAAAUGUUGCGCUGAACGACAGGACACAUUUUGAAGUAUACUCUUUGCAAUAAAGACUUUAUUUUUUCCUGGUAUUCUAUCGUAGAGAUUCGGAUAGAUGCUAGCAAAAUAUUACUGAGCUUGCUUUUUUUUGGUGGUGGUGGUGGUUCUUGAUUAGGCUGUCACCUAAUGAAACUAGCAAGGCAAACCAAUUUGUAAAGCUGUGUUUAUACAACUAUUACCAGCUGCAUAUAUUUGUACUUUUUUGAAAAAACACGGCUUGCCUGUAAAUCAAAAAUUAAUGCUCUUUUUGAUAGAAAUUCUGUUUCAAAAAGAAAAAAGUAUAGAUAAAACCAGUUGCAUCAGACUGCUUCCUACAUUUCCAUUACAAAUAGCAAAAGUUAAGAUUGCUAUUUUUGCAUCAGCCAUAUUUAAUAAUAGAAAAUGCCUAUUUUUAUGCCAAUGCUUUUAUACAAACUGAUUAACAGUAACUGCAACUAACUGUUAGCAUGACUUGCAAUACAUUUUGAUAAAUUAGCCAUACUCCUGGGUUUAAAAACACUUAUCUUUCGCUGAGAUCAACGGAAGAGAAGACUCAAAGUGCUUUGGAAGUAUGAUUGUAAAUAUGUAUAUUUAACUUUGUACAGACAAUGUACUUACCUUGUAUAGAAAAAAAUAAUUUAAACAAAUUGAAUGAAAGGAGGAAAAAAGGCAGUUAUGAAAGGGUUUUUUUUUCUCAUUUUUAUUUAAAUGAAGGAAUUCUAUGUAAGUUCACAUGAAGAGUUUUAGAACAAAAUAUCCACUCUAAACCCGAUACAAAUACAACACAAAGCACCAUUAUAUUUUUGUGCAGGAGUGGGGGUAACUUCAAUCCUUAUCUUAUUUAUGGUUUUUGAUUUUCUGCUUUUGAGUUGCAUUCUUGUUAUCUGCAGCAAUGUUUAGACCUAUUGCUAGGACUGGAUCACACCUAAUUAAUCUAGCCAACAAAGUAACAUGAUGAUAUUGACUGUAUAUAACCAACUCAUUUAAAGGUUUAUUUUUGUUGCUGUUGCCAUUUUUAGUUAUAAACACACAAAAACCGCAAUUUAUUUUUGUGUUGAUUUUGGUUCCUUAUUGCAGUGAAUGACGAUUUGACAAUAAAUUGAAGGGCUGAAUUA